GGCAGAUUGUGGCGGCAUGCAUACUCUGCCGCAUAGCAAUAAUUCGGACAGCACGGAGGCCGCCCCAAGGCUUCUUUGCUGGAAUGGCCGUUGAAGUCUGCCCAAAGUCCAUUUAUGCAUACGAAAAAGUCCGCUCAGCAAUCCGUGAUCACGAAGCCGAUGUAUCAAUUUCAAUUCCGAAAACUCGCGCCAAAAUCGUUGUUGUUGGCUCAUCAGGUGUUGGUAAGACAUCGGUAAUCUAUCGCCAUCGUUUUGGAAACCGUUUAGCUCCUUUCACAGCAACAAUUGGAGCUUCGUUCGUUGAAUGCGAAGUGGAGACCAGCUACGAAAAUAUUAGCCUUCAGAUAUGGGACACUGCUGGGCAAGAGCGUUUUCGUUGCAUGGUCCCUAUGUACAUGCGCAAUUCUGCUGCUGCAAUCAUCAUGUAUGACAUAACUAACAGACAGUCUUUUGAGGACGUAGAUAAGUGGAGCGAAGAGUUGCGCAAGUGCUGCGGCAUGUCAGACCCAUUAGUUGUACUUAUAGGAAAUAAGUGCGACUUAUACGAUAAACGGCGUGUUUCAACAGCUGAAGGUCAAGCGAAAGCACAAGAACUCGAUGCAAGAUUCUACGAGAUAUCUGCAGAAAAACCUAUAACCUUCGCUUUAAUGUUAGAAGACCUCUGCCAUGAUCUCUUGUCUGGUCCUUGUGCUGAUGAAUUAUCGUCUGCAACGUCCUCGUCACGAACUAGCAUCAUCAAUCUAUCAUCUGCUGCAUCCACCACUACAAUAGUGCGAUAA